UGAAGGCUGAAGCUUUAGGGCACACAAUAACCUAAUCCAUUUCGGGCUCAUGGCAGACUAUAAAUUGUGACGAUUGCGGUCGGCCUGUAUCUGGGUUUAAUUGCCGUUGUUGAACCGUCGGCUAUCAGUACUUUCCUCUCUAACGUUUGCGAUGGCCAAGAGAACCAAGAAGGUAGGCAUUGUUGGGAAAUAUGGUACUCGUUAUGGUGCUAGUUUGAGGAAGCAGAUUAAGAAGAUGGAAGUCAGUCAACACAGCAAGUAUUUCUGUGAGUUCUGCGGGAAGUAUGCCGUUAAGAGAAAGGCCGUUGGCAUCUGGGGAUGCAAGGACUGUGGCAAAGUCAAAGCUGGCGGUGCUUACACAUUGAACACUGCUAGUGCCGUGACUGUCAGGAGCACAAUCCGGAGGCUGAGGGAGCAGACCGAGAGUUAAAUUUUAUGCUAGAUUUCUGCAUUUAUGUGGUGCUCUACUUCAUUUUUUUAAUGCAACUUUAGAUUCAGAUUUUUGUGGGAUAAGCGGCAAUCUUAUGUAUUAUCUGGAAUAUCUAUUUGACAUCGUAAGCUUUUGAAACUAUUAUAUGGUGAAAUCAUGCGUUUUUGUUGCCUUCAA